AUGCAAAAGCAAGCUUUCAUCGCUAACAGGAAGCUCAUGAGAGAGCGACUCGAGAAUAACGAAGAGAUAUGCAGCAAGCUGAUUCCCGACUUUGAAGUUGGGUGUAGACGCGUGAGCCCUGGAAAUGGUUACUUGGAGUCACUCAUCAAACCGAACACGAAGGCAGUUUUCGGCGGGAUCAAGUGCAUGAAUGAGUCCGGGAGUAUGGACAAUAACAACAUCCAACACGACUUCAAUAUCAUUAUCUGCGCGACCGGGUUUGAUGUUUCUCAUCGGCCAGCAUUCCCUGUUCUAGGUUGCGGCGGUCAGAACCUAAGAGAUGUUUGGAGUCAAGGUCCUACACAUUACCUCAGUGUUGCAGCACCUGGAUUCCCGAAUUACUGGAUUGCCGGCGGCCCCAAUGCUCCCAUUAGCAAUGUGUCCCUGAUCAUGGGACUGGAACUUGCAGUAGACUAUGCAUUCUCAUGCGUAAGAAAGAUGCAAGCCGAAGGCAUCGCAAGCUUGGAGGUGGAAGAAGAUGCAGCGAAAGAGUUUAUGGAACAGAGAGACAAGAUCAUGAAAGACUUGGUGUGCACUGAUUCUUGUGCCAGCUGGUAUAAGAAUAGUAAAAAUGACAACUCGGUGACGGGCCCAUGGUGCGGAUCCAUUUGGCACUACAAGGAGGCACUGGAAAACCCAAGGUGGAAGGAUUAUAAGAUGAAGUAUCUUGGAAAGAAUCGUUUCGCCUACUUCGGGAAUGGGAGGACUGUUCCAGAGCUGAGGGGAGAAAGUAUGGCCACAAAGUACUUGAACGAGAUAGGAUUGCAAUAG